AAGCGUUUAAAUCGGAGGGAACUGUUGAAUUGUAUCUUCGUUGAUAUCAAAACCCAAUCCAUUGUUACCGUGACGUGUUAUCUUACUACUGAUUUAACAUGUAUAUCAGAUCGAUGGUACUGGAAGGAUUCAAAUCUUAUGGCAAACGAAUCGAAAUAAAUGGUUUCGAUAAGGAAUUCAAUGCGAUUACGGGAUUCAACGGCAGCGGAAAGUCGAACAUUCUGGACGCGAUAUGCUUCGUUUUGGGAAUUGCGAAUCUCAGCCAGGUACGUGCCACUUCCUUGCAAGAUUUGGUCUACAAGUCAGGCCAAGCAGGGAUAAAGAAGGCCAGCGUUACGAUAACUUUUGACAAUCGUGACAGAGAAUCGUCUCCCAUGGGUUAUGAGCAACACGAAGAGAUUGUGAUCACGAGACAGAUGGUGAUCGGCGGUAAAAACAAGUACAUGAUCAACGGGACGAAUGUACCAAAUAAACGGGUUACAGAUCUGUUCUGUUCCAUUCAAUUAAAUGUGAACAAUCCACACUUUUUAAUCAUGCAAGGUAGAAUAACGAAAGUAUUGAAUAUGAAACCGGUGGAGAUUUUGUCUAUGCUCGAAGAAGCAGCAGGGACAAAAAUGUACGAGAAGAAGAAGCAAUUGGCGCUAAACACCAUAGAAAAAAAGGAUAAUAAAUUAAAAGAAAUAAAUACUAUUUUGAAAGAAGACAUUAGUCCAAAGUUGAACAAAUUGAAAGAAGAGAGAACGAGAUACGUAGAAUUUCAAGGAAUAGAAAGAGAACUUGAACACAGCAAACGAAUUUAUCUUGCGUGGAAGUAUGUUGCUGCUUUCAAUAAUAGUCAGAAGAUAGAAGAAAAUGUCAAGAUUGUACAAAGCAAGAUAGAUUCAAAAUUAGAGAGCAUAGCUGCUGGCGAAGAAGAGAUCAAGAAUAUAGAAGCCAAGUAUGCCGAAUUGCUGAUUAAAAAGGAAGCGGAAAAAGGUAGCGUGUUGGAAUCUUUAGAGAAAGAGCUGCAAGAAUAUGAGAAGAAGCAAUAUAAAUUAUCAGCUGAAGUAAACAGUAAUAAGGAAAAUAUUAAAACUCUGAAAAAAACAUUGGAACAAAUACAGAUUAAUAUAACAGAAGAAAACAAUGCACUCAUCUUAAAGGAGAAGGAAUUGGAGAAAGUUGGAGGGCUUUUUCAUAAUUUGAAAGAAAUGUGUCGGAAAGAUGUCGAGGCUCUAUUAGAUGCACAAGAGAAAUAUCAGAAGGUUAGUGCGGGUCUGCUGGAGAGUGAAGACGGUGAAAAUGCAACAUUGGAACAACAACUGAUAAAUGCCAAGCAAAGUGUGACGCAAGCGCAAACCGAGCUUAAACAAUGUGAGAUGACGCUAAAUCACAAUAGGCAACAGUUGAAUAAAAAACAGAAAGACAUGUAUAGUACCGAGAAUGAAUAUAAGAAAUGUGACACGGAUUCGGAAAAGAAAGAGAAAGAAUUGAAGUGCUUGGAGAAUGAAAUGCAAAAGUUGAAUUACAAGGAUGGUUAUUCGGAAGACUUGAAAAAGCAAAGAAGUAACUUGCUCGCAGAAAUGAAGCCAUUGCGUGAGAAACUAGAUCAGUUUGAGUCAAGAUAUCCUCGCACGAGGUUCCAGUUUCAGAAUCCUGAACCUAAUUUUAAUGCAAAAUCUGUAAAAGGUGUCGUAUGCAAAUUGAUUACGGUGAAAGAUAAAAAAGCUGCGUACGCCUUUUUGAAUGUAAUUAUGUUCCAGCUUUAUAAUGUGAUAGUUGACACUGAUACCACCAGCAAGAAAAUUCUCCAACAUGGGCAAUUACAGCAACGAGUUACGAUUAUUCCACUCAAUCGAGUCGCUGGUAAAUUUAUGGAUCAACAAACAAUCAGUUUGGCAGAAAGAUUGGUUGGGAAAGAGAACGUUCAACCCGCUUUGUCUCUUAUAGAUUUUCCAGAUGAGAUUAGGCCGGCAAUGACCUGGAUAUUCGGUCAAAUAUUUGUAUGCAAAGAUAUGGAAACUGCCAAGAAAAUAGCUUUCCACGAAAGGAUUAUGAAGAAGUGCGUUACUUUAGAAGGCGAUCUUUUUGAUCCAGUUGGUACGUUGUCCGGCGGUGCUCCAGCACAAUCUGGAUCAGUUCUAUUGAAACUGGAAGAAUUGAAAGAAAUUCGGAAUGAACUGAAUCACAAAGAACAGCUAUUGAGAGACAUAGAAACUGCUUUAUCAAAUAUUGUACAAACCGCGGAAAAGUAUGCAUCGUUGAAACAGAAACAUGAUCUGUUGACUUAUGAAAUUAGUAUGAUACGACAAAAAUUGCAACAAACGAGUUACCAUAAAAUCAAGGAAGAGGUGGAUUCUCUGAAUGCAGCUAUUGAAGAGCUUACACAACGAAUGGCUGCAGCAAAGAAUUUAGAAAAGGAAAGUGCAAAACGUGCAAAAGACGUAGAAAUUCAAUUAAAGGAUGCAGUAAAUAUUCAUGAAAGACAGUUAAAGGACGCUGAGAAUCAAUUGAAUAUCUUAAAGAAAAAAGCGGAACAAAGUCGCAAGGAAUGGCAAAAGAGAGAACAAGAGUCGGAAACGCUCGAAUUGGAAAUAAAAGAAUUCAAGAAAAGCAUUGAAAAUGGUAAUAAACAAUUGCUUCAGGCAAAUGAGGAAAGCAAUAUGUUUGAAGAAAAAGGAGAAGCUCUUCGGCGAGAAUUGGAAGAAAUCAAAGCUCGAGUUACAGAAUUGCAGAAUAAUGUUAAAAAGCAAAAAGACAUUAUUAAUCAGCAGAAUAAAGAUAUACAAAGGUUGACAGCGAAAAAGGAAGAUAUUAUUAAACAAAAUAAAGAUCAGGAAUUGGACAUUAAAAAAUUGAAUCAUGAAAUUAAUGAUAUAAAAAAAAGUGCGGCGGAAUGUAAGCAAAAAGUUUUGGAACUCACAAGAAAAUAUGAGUGGAUCGAGCAAGAGAAAUCUUACUUUGGAAAAAAAGGUGGUAUAUAUGAUUUUGAAGUUAAUAAACCGGAGGAAAUGGAACACAAGGUACAUUAUCUACAAGAAAUGCGUGAAAAAUUAAGUCGCAAUAUAAAUACGCGGGCAAUCAAUCUUCUUGAUAAAGAAGAAGAACAAUAUAAUGACACGUUAAAAAAGAAAAGAAUAGUCGAGAAUGAUAAGAAUAAAAUUCUCGAGACGAUUAAGCACUUGGAUGAAAAGAAAAAAGAAACCUUACUUGUAGCUUGGAAACGGGUUAAUAGAGACUUCGGCUCCAUAUUUAGUACUUUAUUACCAGGAGCCGCGGCCAAGUUACAACCCCCGGAGAACCAAACGAUAACAGAUGGUUUAGAAGUAAAAGUUGGAUUCUCAGGUGUCUGGAAAGAGUCGUUAGUUGCACUUUCUCAGGCGGCGCAUGAAAUCAAGGAAGGGUUACUGGGUUGUCACUUUAGAAAAUGUUUUCUUAAUCGACCGGCAAGAGACGUAGACAUUUUAGUCUUGCUAGACUGGAAUACUACGCCACAGACUCUGGCACACUGUGUUCAUGUGAAAAUGUUGAAGGAAUUUUUUGAGAAAGAUGACCCCGGGAUAAACCAUAAUAAAAUUAAGAUUUUGAACGGAGGAUACAAACAAUGGUUACAGGAAUAUCCAAAAUGGACGACAAAUGAAUAUAUUAAAAGUGAAACUGAAA